UUUGAUUUAUUUCGUACAACAUUUAAACUUUAACGUCUAUAUUUAUACAAAAAUGCACGCGUUAAUAAAGUAAUAAAUGCAAAAUAGAAAAUAAUGAGGUAUUCUGUCGUGGCAAAAUAUUAUUGCAUAACUUGCAAACACUAAUCUGUUGUAAUAAUGCAUGUAUCUUAUUAACUUUCCUUUUUCCUUUUAAAGCCAGGUAGACUCGUAGAGCUCACCAUUCAAAUAGUAAACUGUUUAUUUUAUUUUCUAGCCGGAUUCAGUACAACUAAAGUGACAUACUAUUUUAUUUGAAACAAGCGACUUGAAUUUAAAAGAUAACAUCGACUGAAUUCUUAAUACGAUUAAUCCUAUCGACAAAGAAUUUCUGUUUAAAAACAGAGUCUGAUACGGCGGGCUAUCAACGCUUUAAAAACUAGCCUUUGUUGAGAUUCAAUAAUAUUUCGAAUGACAUCGGUACAAAUACAAACGCUAUCGAACACUAUUCAACCAGUGUUCACCAGAUGACGCGGAAGUUUUUCAGGCGUGUCGAAAUGCGGUUCGUGUGCCUUCGGCGUUCGUCGUGCGUCGCCGUGGUGGUCGGCGGUCGGGAGUAAGCGAGCGUGCGACACUGAGAACAGGACUUGUCCAGUACAAGCGUUGUAGAAAGUGAGCGAAAGUGAUAUACAGUGUCGUGAUAAAUUCGCGUGCGAACGGUCGGUCGGUCGAUUCCUCGGUCGUGUGUUUGGAAAAAAAAUUGUACGGGUCGCGUUCGCGCGUAAAAGGCAACGAUUAAGGGGGGGUGAGCGUUCGCAACGGUGUGGAUCGUGGACGGCCAUAACUGGUGUGUCUGCCAUUCUGUCUCCGGUGCAGGAUCUACGUAGCGAAAGGGCAGAUGCCCUUACCCGGUUCGCGCUGCUCUGUCCGGAUCGACGUGGUGUUGCAAGAUCCGGUGGUGUUGUUCGUCGCGGCGCGUUCUCGGGCUUACUAAACCCGCGAAGUACAAGGACGAGUGAUCAGCCGCCCCCCGUGGGGGGCAAGGAUUUCGGGUACGACAGUCUCCUCGACGGUGGCCUCUGUGUGGUGAACUCUGUCUGGCAGCAACGGCAGCAGCGCCGUCAACAACAACGGCGAAAACGACAGCAGCGCCAUCAGCAGCGCGGCCGCCAUCGCAGCGAGAAGAAGAAGAGACAGCAGCAGCAGCAACUAUUACUUCGAGGAGAGAAAGAAGAAGAAAUGCCCGUAGGUCCGCGAACGGCGACGCGAUCAAAGAUGGAGGCCCCGUCCAGUUUGUAACACGGCGGCCAGGUCUCGUUUAAACAUCACCACCAACGGGAGCCUCUGAGAGCGCUCCUCGGAGUCGGCUGCCUAAAAGUCGUCUUUCCUUGCUCCGUGCUACUUUUCUUCGCGAGACCCGCGAGCCUGAAGGAUGGAGCUACGCGUUGGUAAUAAGUACCGGCUAGGACGGAAAAUCGGGAGCGGCUCCUUCGGCGACAUUUACCUAGGUACCAACAUCUCCACCGGCGAGGAAGUCGCCAUCAAGCUAGAAUGCAUAAAAACGCGGCAUCCGCAGUUGCACAUAGAGUCCAAGUUCUACAGGAUGAUGCAAGGAGGCGUUGGCAUACCUACUAUAAAAUGGUGUGGCUCGGAAGGUGACUACAAUGUAAUGGUAAUGGAGCUACUUGGUCCGUCGCUGGAGGAUCUCUUUAAUUUCUGUUCAAGAAGAUUUUCUUUAAAGACAGUUUUGCUUCUCGCCGAUCAGUUGAUAAGUAGAACGGAUUAUAUUCAUAGUCGUACCUUCAUCCAUCGAGACAUCAAGCCAGACAAUUUUUUGAUGGGACUAGGAAAAAAAGGAAAUCUCGUGUACAUUAUAGACUUCGGAUUAGCUAAGAAAUAUCGCGAAGUUCGUACUCACAAACACAUACCUUACCGAGAGAACAAGAAUCUGACGGGAACGGCCAGAUACGCGAGUAUCAACACACAUUUGGGAAUCGAGCAAUCACGGCGAGACGACCUUGAAUCCUUGGGGUACGUUCUUAUGUACUUCAACAGGGGUAGUUUGCCCUGGCAAGGUUUGAAAGCAGCGACCAAGAGGCAGAAAUACGAACGUAUCUCCGAAAAGAAAAUGUCCACACCCGUCGAGGAACUCUGCAAAGGUUAUCCCGUAGAGUUUGCGUCGUACCUAAGGUAUUGCCGAGGAUUACGUUUCGAGGAGAGGCCAGAUUACUCGUAUCUUCGACAACUCUUCCGAACGCUAUUCCACGGGCAGGGUUUCACUUACGACUACGUGUUCGAUUGGAAUAUGCUGAAGUUCGGUAACGUGAGGCAACCGACGUUGCCCUCGGCGCAACAGGUGCCGAUGCACUCUCAACAAACGAACGCGGCGCUGCCGUCCGGGACCAAUAACGAUCAAGAACAGCGAUCAAGGCCCUACACGCGGCAGUGUCUGGCGAACGCAUCGGUGCCGACGGUGGGCCCGACAGUGGGAACAACCUCAAAUAUGAGAAGUAUGCGGCAAAAACGCGAGGCGAUGGAAGCACUUCGCGAUCAGGACAAUCAAGAUAAGAGUGAUCUCCAAGCGUCGGGCGCGGUCGGCCAGGAGCGAAGGGUCAGUAUGAGGUUGCACCGUAAGGGAGAAAUGCAGCCGAAGUCCAAGUAACCGAAAGCUAAGACACUAAUUCUAAAUCACGAAAGUAGGCAAAGAAUGGGCGAUAGUAUCUCCUGUGCCACGGUAGCGGACGCCGGCGAAAAACUGAAAUCGUGGAUAAACGUUCGCCUCGCGAUCCUUCUCUCUCUGACCUCGUCGCCUCAUCCCUCUCGAAACUCUCGCUCUCGUUGCGAUAACUUGGACGAUCGCGGCUCGUCUCGAAUUCUCUGCCGUCUCAGAGAACUCGGCCGCACGUUAGGUAAACGCGGCGCCGAGAACGAGCCAGUGCCGAGACGAUCACGAUGACGGCACGUCGAAACGAGACGGAAGAGCUCACACGUUGAUCGCCCGCCGAAAGUAGAAACGCCUAGACGACAGGGCGAGAGGAGGAGAGACACGGACAACGGGAGCCGAUCGGAAGAGAGAAGGAAAUCGCAAACGGCGACGGGAAUGGCGAAGUUUCGGUGACGAAAAUCAUUUAACAGUGAGGACGGUGUCGCGCUAAUGUCGCUGUUUUGUGUGUCUUUUGUUUUGGAAGCGCCAAUGCGACGACAAUGGCCCCGCCCUGGGUCAGAAUUGCAGCCGAUGAUCUCGACGAGUGAAUCAACAGCAGCAGCAAUAGCAGAUACGUCGUUGUCGUCGUCUUCUUCAGCAUAGAGCCGUGACCCUCCGUAGGCGGCGAAUCCAGUGACCUAUAUCGCGGAAGACUGUCCAGGUCGACGAUCCAUUCGACCGAGCGUGAUCUACGAGAACCAGCGUUGGGCAUAAUCCAUGAUUACGAUUACCGAGUAAUCACUAGUCAUGAUUAACGAAUAAUCAGACACGAUUAGCUCCGACCGAUCACCGAUUUCUCAUUGUACACUCUAAAUGUAGCUUAGAAACUAAAUUUCAUUGUUGAAGGCGAGAAGAUAUCGAAACUGUUCUCGAUAUUCAGUUACUCGAUCGGUUGCUGUGCAACGUGUAACGAUAUGUCUAAUACUGUAUCAGUUUAAUAGAACAGUAAAUGUACCGAGCAAAAUUCACCGACCGUUUAUGUACGCCUUUUAUAUAUACCUAUAUAUAUAUAUAUUAUUAUUCGAUGUAUUAGAGCGUAUACAUACGCCUUUAUCAUACAAUUUUCUGAAAAUGUGCGUUACAGUGUAAGGAUGAAUAACGAAUGCAUACAUUCACUGCUGAAUUUCGUCUGGAUUAGGUUAGAUUCUGGUUAGUUCUCGCUAGAAUUCAUGGAAAAUAUGUGUACGUUCGUUGUAGUUCGCGCUUUCACUGUAACACACGUAUUGUACGAUUAUCGCAAGUAAUCACUGCCCAACGCUGGCUCUUUGGAGUCCGACCCGCGUUCUCUACUAUCUGGUCUGUCUGACAGAGACGAGCAAAAUUUUCCUCGAAUUAUAUCUGUCAAAAACAAACGUAGAACGAUUCAAUCGCUCGAACACAAGCUCCACUUUUCGUUCAACCAAUAAGGAAUAAAACGUUGUCGACCUUUUAUCGGUGACUGUUAUCUGGACAGGAGUUUUGCUCAUCUCUAGCGUCUUCAUGAUCCACUCAGAACGGUCGCGCGAGGUGAUCCAGUCGCCCGGAUGCGGAGCAAACCCUGCUCGAAGAACGAUCGCGGCGAAACGAUCUAGAUGGGACGAUUUAGGUGUCCAAGUCGACCGCCGUUUUAGAACCGACUACGUAAUAGCGCCCAGACGCGAGUAAUCGUAUCAUUGUCCGCGCGAGCCACGAUUGCCUGGGAAAACAGCACUCGCGACGAACAUGGUUCGAUCGAUAGAGAAGGACAACGCGUAUACAUAUGCACAGAUUGUUCGUGGUGUUUCGACGAAGGACGCACUGCAGGGGUCUGUGAUUCUUAAGCGUCCCACAGACUGCUCCGACGUGACUUGGGCCCACGCUUUAGGGUAUAUCGGCGAAUGUACAGUACGCGACUUCGAUGAUGGUCCUUGCUGUUGCCACGAUUUUGCUGGACACGAGUCUUCCUGCGUCUUGGAACGAAUACCGAUAGCGAACCAGAGAUCUCGCGUUUCUUUUAUUUUGUUUUUUUUUUUUUUUUUUUUUUUAAAUAAGAGGCACUCCUCUUCCCGGAUCGCAAAGUUCGACUGAAGUUUCUUCAGGCAAACUCGACUUUCGGAUUCUCGGCUCGAGGCUGCUUCGAUAUUCAAAGAACGGUGGCUCGAACGCGCCGAGAAUUCGAUUCGAGCGUAAUUGUAUAGAUAUAUGUAGCAUACCGAACGAACACCAUGAUUUGUACAUAGACGAAAUCGCGCGUCGAACGACGCUCACGACAGAGCUGUGACACGUGAUACCUAACGAUGUGUCGCUAGGAGAAAAAUCAGUCGUCGAGUAAUUUUUCUCGGGUGAGCCCAAUUUAGUUCAAUGAUGUAACGAAUACAAUGGUUUCGUUAACGGCGAGUUAACCCGUCGGCUGAGCGUCGAAGAUUCGUCCCGUCGGCGCUCUGGUUUAACGAUCGUACGGAAUAUAGUACAAUGACCUCGCGGCGAGCGAAUACAGUCGGUAUGUUUGUUUCACCGAGCGUAAACGCUUCGCUCGGUUCUGUCGGAUCAGUGCUUCUCAAACUUCCUGGAGCUCGGAUCGCUCGGCAAUUUUUCGCGGACCCACUCGAAAACAGUAAAUGAAAAUAUAAAGGGAUAUCGAGAAACAGCGUCGCUCGUAUUACCCGAAGAAAAUAAUUGUUUGAUUUAUCGUAACACGUGAUACGAGUAAGCGACCAAUUUGUUCGAUUUAUAUUUUCAUUCGAUUUUGUCGUUGUUGUUUAUAAAAACCUGAAUCAUUGUAGAUGGCGCGCUGCCACGACCUAAUUUCAGGUCGAGAUUGAGUCAUGGAUUGAGAGGCACUGCGUUAGACGUUGAAGCAUCACGGCGAAUCGCGCCAACAUCGAUCAAAGCGUACUGUACAGUUCGCGUCCGCGCGUAAAUCUGAUCGUCGAUCGAUUCAUUCGGACGGAGGUGGCGAUCGUUUCGUGUCCUUAUCAAACAGACGAUUCGCGGCUUCUCGUUGAUCAGCGUAUCACCUCUCCUCGAUCUGCUGCGUCCUCCUCUAUUUUUUUUUCUUCUUUAACGCGAAAAGCCGAUUUUCGGUGGCGAAACGAAGUCGAGGAGGUGGCGAGAAAUCCGUUUGGCGAACGGUACCAUACCCAGCCUUCUACGCCAUUUAGGUUUGGCUCUGUUUACGAUUGUCUUUAAACAUAGGAAAUUGUUAUUUUAUUGUAGAACGCGAUUCAGAAUCAAGAGAAAGGAGGAAUUGGGCGAGAAGAUUGCCAGUAAACACCACCAAACCCUAUCUUCUCCGAUGCAUUAGAAAAGUCUUUCCGUAGUCCGGGUUGUCCGACGACGAGCGGAAGAGUCUCGAAGCUCGGGUCUGCGAAUCAGGUGACAAACCAAGCGAAACAAAUCCCGUAUAAUUCUGUUACUUUGCUGUAAAGAUGUGUGUACCAAUUAAUUUUAUUAGAAUCAUGCGAAAUGUUGCUAAAUCUUUUAUUUUUAUAGACUCUAAGCGAUUCGAGCGAACUCCGAGAUCGUCGAGCCUUUUAUUGUUUCAGGUUUAUUCGAUCAUGGAAAUUGACUAGUCCUUACAUAUCGAACAUUUUUUCAUGCUCGAAAAAUUGAAUUCUGUUUUACGAGACGCGUCCAUUAAAGAGCUACGGUCGCUCACGUGUGUCUACGUAUGCGAUCUUGACGAAGGACUUUCCUAAAGCAUCGUACUUAAUCACUGUGCUGUUAUGCGUGUCCCACGUGCUAUGCCUUUUGCGUUGAGAACGUGCACGGAAAAAAUUUCGCGUGUCCAGACUUAGGAAGGAUAGGAAAGGCCGAGGGAAAAAGUAGAAAGAUAAGAUUUUGUAAACAAUUUUCUUGCGAAAACUGAAUUUAUUUCUCGCAGAGAUCGCACAGGGAACGAUCGAACACAGGCUGCUCCGACGUGACGUGGGCUCACGUCACGUCGGAGCAGUUUGUGGGACGCUUUAAUCUCCUUUCGUCCCCCGCGCGUCCACUUCCAUUCUCGUUCUUCACAAACAAAUUUUCCACCCACGUCACUUCCCGUUUCGCUCCUCUCAUCCUACCAUCCUCAUCCUUUUCCUCCUCCUCAUUCCCGGAUCAACAUCUUGUAUAGACAUUCGUCGACGAGUUGCAUACAAAAAAAAGAAACAAAAAAAUUAUGCGAGUAAACAAAAAAUAACGUGAUAAGAAAACUGGUUAUACAUAAAUAUAUAUUAUACCGACACAUGUUUUUCUAUGUAAUUUUUUUAUUUUUUUUUUUUUUUUUAUUUUUCAUAGGGUACUACUACCGCUACUAUUAUUACUAUGUACGAUUAACUAUUUACUAUUAACUACUACCAGCUAUUACUAUUACCAUUACAACUACCGCUGCUUCUACCGUUAAUUACACUAUUCGCUACGUUGUAACUUGUACAAAGAACACGAAUCGAUCGCAACGAUCUACUCGGAAACUUGCAACGGAAGUUUCUCUCGUCGACCGUACGCGAGAGAACCGGAAGCGACGGGUCCGCGAUUUCGGUUUCCGUCGCGUGUCGCGAUCAUAGCGCGUUCCUCUCGUUUUUGCCUCCGUAUUUCUGUUCUCUGUCCUCUGCGCUCUCGCGGACGCCGCUUGCUCCUCUAAUUUAAACCCAUGGGAAUUAUCGAUCGGAUUAUUGUUAACGAUGUUUCGGCAGUAGCGACGCAAGCGCGAAGGAAUUGCCUUUGUCCUCUCGAUUGUAAAUUGUUACGAGUAAGAGUUACGAUAUACUUGAACAACUACCUUUGUACCAAUUAUCAACGUAAUUAGGGACGAUCAUUACAAAUAUUGCGUGAUAUACUGCUUCACGAAUUUCGUUAAUUUUGUACAGAACGAUACCCGUAAUAAUUACUUUUUGUAAUCGUUAUUCGAUGUCAACGUCUCGACCCCUUCCAUCGUUCUCAUUCUUUUUCACUCUUUUAUUUUCGAUUAACGCGCAUUCUUCGCUCGAGGAACGUCUCCUCGAUGCAAUCGCGACGACGAUUUCAUUUCGAUUCACAUAAUUUAAGAUUCGUUCAAGUUAGAUUCGAUGUCGAUGCUACAUCGAAAUCAUUUUUUCGUUAGCGAUCGUUCUCGAAAUUCUUAGCAGAUUUAUGUUUGGUGCAAUUUGCGAUAGAGUAGUCGAAUCGAGGAGGAUUCCUCGAGUCGUCAACCUCGGACGAGACAAACACUGCCAGCGCGAGCGAAUGUUCUCGCGUUUCCAAUCAUGACUGACAAGAUACGCGGAAACCGUUCCGACCUCGUCGCUUCCCACCCCUUCCCCCACCCCCCACCCCCACGAAGGUUCUCGAAUCAAAUCAUUCCCGAGGUGAUCGACGCCAGCGUAAAACGAGGAGCAACCGAAUCCUCCGGUUCCGUUUCAUUUUUUUAACCGAGCACAGUUCGCGUCGCACGAAACACGUCUCUCGUCGCGAAAUCCCGACUUCGCCGCUCGCUCCUGUAACGCACCGACUGCGCGAACCGAUUUUAUUCAAAAUUUCUCUAUAUUUUGUACCUUCGUACUUCGAGUUCCGAGGAACGGAAAUUUAGAUGCGAACCGCGCAACCGUAACGCGUUGGUGUAAAUAAAAAUUUAGACGAUGCGACGGUCGGUGUGUCAAUUGGGAGACUGAAAGCACAAAGAUGGACGGAGCGUAGAAGCUGAGGACGGAGCAAUGGGAGUAAAAGGGUUAGCCGCUCGGUGGCCCUGAGCAGUCUAUAAUUCCCAGACCGCGGUUCAUGUUGACUCUUUCUUUUGGUCUCUUGACAACUUCGGGGAUAAUUGAAAAGCGACUUUUUAGUUUUUCUUGAAAUUCUUCGUAACUGUAGCGCGUAUCCUUUCGUUGGUAAUACGGGGAUGAGGACGAAUCGAACGUGUUCCUCGUUGGCGCAAACUGAGCGGAAUAAAGUCGAGCGCUGCGAUUUCGAGGACUCUCGAAACGAAGCGAAUGAAAACUUGUACGACAGACGGGGUUUGCUCGGCCUAGAGGAGUUUCUUCUUUCUUCUCGAAACUAUGGGGUUUGUCGAACCGCGGGGCUUCUCAGUUCGAAGAGAACUGCGAUACAAAAAAUUCAAUUCAGAGAGAGAGAGAGAGAGAGAGAGAGGGUUAAAGAACAACGUAAAACGGUCUCCUGCCCGAAGGCGCCACGAUGGUCCCGGUAUCGCGUCGGGAUGUACGAUUAAUCGUAUUUUAACUGUACUAAUCGAUAAAAUUGUAUCGAAGCGACCGGUUUGUAUAUGUACAUAUAUAUACAAUUACUAUUGAUCCAUUAAGGGAGAAAAAAAAUUUACUAUAUAACUAUAAACAA